AUCUCCGGUCACCGUCUCUGCUGCCGUCGCCGGGAGCCACCUCACAGGGAAACAGGUCACUGCUGUUGGCCGUUGUCCAGAAGAGUAAAAGUGGGUCCUGCCACGCUCGGAGCUACCUGGCGCCUCACUGGGCUAGAGCUGGAGAACAAGUCCUGUGGUGGCCACCGGCGUGUGGCGGGACGGGAGCCCCCUUGGAGGGGGGCAGCCCCGAGAGAACCUCCUGUGGCCCGAGCGGUCAGUGUCUUCCGAUUCGCGCGACCGCGGUCCUGCCGCGACUGGUAAAAAUAAGUGACUAAAGAAGCAUAUCUGGGAGUCAUCUAACAUGUCGAGGAGAAGAUUUGAUUGUCGCAGUAUUUCAGGGUUGUUAACUACAACUCCUCAAACUCCAAUGAGAAUGGAAAACUUUAAUAAUUUUUAUACACUUACAUCUAAAGAGCUGGGAAGAGGAAAGUUUGCUGUGGUUAGACAGUGUAUAUCAAAAUCUACUGGCCAAGAAUAUGCUGCGAAGUUUCUGAAAAAGAGAAGAAGAGGACAGGAUUGUCGAGCAGAGAUUCUACACGAGAUUGCCGUACUUGAAUUGGCAAAAUCUUGCCCUCAUGUGAUUAAUCUUCAUGAAGUCUAUGAAAAUACCAGUGAAAUCAUUUUGAUAUUGGAGUAUGCUGCAGGUGGAGAAAUUUUCAACUUGUGUUUACCUGAGCUGGCUGAAAUGGUUUCUGAAAAUGACAUUAUCAGACUCAUUAAGCAAAUACUUGAAGGAGUAUGUUAUCUACAUCAGAAUAACAUUGUACAUCUUGAUUUAAAGCCACAGAAUAUAUUAUUAAGCAGCAUAUACCCUCUUGGAGAUAUAAAAAUUGUAGAUUUUGGAAUGUCUCGAAAAAUAGGGAAUGCAUGUGAACUUCGGGAAAUUAUGGGAACACCAGAAUACUUAGCUCCAGAAAUCCUGAACUAUGAUCCUAUUACUACAGCAACAGAUAUGUGGAAUAUUGGCAUAAUAGCAUAUAUGUUGUUAACUCAUACAUCUCCAUUUGUGGGAGAAGAUAAUCAAGAAACAUACCUCAAUAUUUCUCAAGUUAAUGUAGAUUAUUCAGAAGAAACAUUUUCAUCGGUUUCACAGCUGGCCACAGACUUUAUCCAGAGGCUUUUAGUAAAAAAUCCAGAGAAAAGACCCACAGCAGAAAUCUGCCUGUCUCAUUCUUGGCUACAGCAGUGGGACUUUGGAAACUUAUUUCACCCUGAAGAAUCUUCCACUUCCUCUCAAAGUCAGGAUCAUUCAUUAAGGUCCUCUGAAGACAAAACUUCUAAAUCCUCUUGUAAUGGAACCUGUAGUGAUCGAGAAGACAAAGAGAAUAUUCCAGAGGAUAGCAGCAUGGUUUCCAAAAGAUUUCGCUUUGAUAACUCAUUGCCCAAUCCCCAUGAACUUGUUUCAGAUUUGCUGUGUUAGCACUUUUCUCUUUGACUUACUGGACUGAAUUUGGAAUUUGAAAUCUACUCCAAUGUGAGAUUGUGGUUUGUAGCUUCAUUUAUGGCAUGUUUAUUUUGUAAAUGCACUUUUGCAUAGAAGUGUUUUAAUGCCAAAUUAUUAGUAACAGGCAUAAUUUUGUUUCCUGUUCUGAGAUACUAACUCUUCAGAGAAGAAAAUAUUUAAAUAUAUGACCAAAAUAAAGCUAUGCAUGUGAGUUUACAUGUUAAUUGAAGAAUUCAAGUUCAAAUGGAUUUAUCAAAAUAUUUUACAGGUGAGGAAAACAUUGAUUCGGGUUUAUAUUAUGGUUGAUAUAAAACUGAACAAAACGAAGGCAUUUGAAUUCAAUAGGUUCUAUGAGGUAAGUUCUAUAUACAUGCCUCUACUGACAAAAUUUUAUUAGGAUAACAAUGUCAAGUUUAAACAAGAAUAUUUACUAUUUUUAUAGAUGUGGGAUAUUUUAUAUUUGAAAAUAUUUCAAUCACAAAUAUUUUGAAACUGCCUAAGAUUUCCAGGAUAUAUGAUCUGCUACAUGAGACAAGUCCUUUAACCAGAGCAAAGAGGGAAAUUAGAAACCCAAUUAGGGAUAUUCUAUACAAGUUGGA